AAAAACGUUUUGAGGAUUAGGGUCAGGAGUCAACAUCUUUGAACAAAUUAAGAAUAUGCUCAACUCAGAAAAUUAAUUCUCCAGCCAGAUUUACUCAUUUCGAUGAGAGAAAUCCUAUCCUCUCGCCCUUGUUUCAGUAUCGUCUUUUUCCUUUUCAGGUUUCACUUUAGUCACAAUAAUUCAUCAAUAAAUACCCCCUAAAACCUUACCAACUGCCCCCUUCUUCCUUGUUCACAUACCAAACCUCUCCUUUUCUCUCUUUCUGAUUUAUUUCUCUUGUCCGUCGGGAAGUAGUCUCCUUAUCCCAAGUCUAGGAAUGUCGAGAAGAACAAGCAAGCGAGUGAGUUUCAGUCCGGACGUCAAUGAAAGGCCGACGAUCUUACUGAAACAUGGGGGCAGUACUGGCAGAACAAGAGGUAACAGAAGGAGGGUCGUUGCUGGGAUUUUUACGUUUAGGCUUGUGAGAAGCUCAAGGUUUUCACCAGCAAGAUUGUUGAGGCGUCUCGGAGCUAAGGUUGCAAGAGCUUUACGUUUUGUAUCCAUGAGAAGGAACUCUAAUUCCCAUAAGGUUUCUUCUUCUUCUUCCAACCUGGCCAGGUCACGAUCCCUAGCUGAAUCUAUUGACUCUCAUCGUGCUGAAGCUAUAGAAGAUUGCAUCGAGUUCUUGAAUUCUUCCUCGUCUUUGUCAAGAUCAAACUCGGUUUCUACAUGUUCUUGCUAGAGAACUGCAGUUACUUGGGGAAAAGAAAAAUUAUGUAAAUGAAAGGGAAAAAAAAAGGGAUUCUAUAUAAUUCAUUGAUCAUUUAAUUUCCAGUGUUAGAUGUAGAAAAUACACUAGAAAGCAAUUGAAUCUUCAUCCUGGUUUUGUAUUUAUGACUGCUUGAU